UGGCGGGCAAGGCGUCCAGCAAAGCGCGGUCCACUUGGUCCAAGUGGGAUUGGGUCAAACUUUCCGUCUUCCAAAAGUUAAAGAAACUCAGGAUGAUAGGAUGGUUGAUCUGAAAUUUGAUGAAAUUAGGAUGUUUACACAACCGAUGUCCCAACAGAUCUGUGUUUUUUCCACAGCUCUAAACCUGACCCACUCACCCCGUGAGGUACUCACAACGUUCUGAACAAAGCUGACGGGUUUGUACAGUCGGAACAUGGGAAAAAAUGCGCCGCCGUUUUUGUAUUUUAACUUGCUCUGUGGAAUGACAAUCAGCACGGUUUUGCAGCAGGAAAACAUGUUGUUCAGACAGAAUGUGUGUAGUUUUACUCCUAUCAACGGGUUUGAAGAGAUCCAGUGAUUUUGAUAUGCUGUGAUGCUGUGUUACAUUCGUGAACCUUAACUUACGUUUGGUGCUGUAGGUUUGAAACGCAUUGAUUCGACGAUUGGUUUCCCCGACUUUGCCCGCAUUGGGGACUCUGUUGAGAGUGGACGCGCCGUUGCCUGUGGCUCUGCUAUUGCCAGUACGAAUGAAUGAUGAAGGCUUCACGAUGUCGAAGGAGCGCGGCCGUGCCAGCGUUAGGCCUGGCCGCGCUUUCUGCGCGGGCCUGGGUGGCGCUACCCGGGUCAGAUGAGCUGCCAAGAUGCCGUGGGCUGGCGCCUGGCGCCGGCGUUCGGGCACUUUCGACUCUGGGAGGUGACACAGGCAGUCAGUCUCAGGGCGCCAGAGGGGUGGCAUCUGCACCAGGCCCAUGUCGGUCCAUGUCUGGCCCGAGCCAUGAGGACCGUGAGGAGGCGAUCGCCUCAAGGCUGCCAGGAAUGAUAACAUGCCGCGGUGAGCGCAACUAUGGCGGGCAAGGCUUCACGAUGUCGAAGGCACAAUGGUGGUUUGAGUGGGUGAUGUCGAAUGGCAAGAGCACGGCCGUGCCAGCGUUAGGCCUGGCCGCGCUUUCUGCGCGGGCCUGGGUGGCGCUACCCGGGUCAGAUGAGCUGCCAAGAUGCCGUGGGCUGGCGCCUGGCGCCGGCGUUCGGGCACUUUCGACUCUGGGAAAUGACACAGGCAGUCAAUCUCAGGGCGCCAGAGGGGUGGCAUCUGCACCAGGUCUGGGUUUUUGCGGCAGCUGUUUCAGGCUACUCAGCAUGGCCCUGGGUGCUCGGCACCUUCUGCGGGGAGUCACGGCCCUGGCGGCGGAGAAACGCGUGAGACGGAAACGCAAGGCGCCGGCCAAAUCGGAGAAGAAGAUCCGAGAGGAGAAACGAGAGAAGGGAGUCCUGGCUCGAGAUCUCGCCGGUGCCUUGAAGGUGUCGAACGAGGACAUUCGGCAACGUCGGGAAGAGCGACGGAAACGAAAGCAGAAGGAACGCGAGAUCGCCGAGUUCGAAGCGGAUCCCAUCUACAACAUCACGGAGGGACCCGAUGCGAUUGACCCCAACAUCUUUGGCGCCCCUUUCGUUUGGGUCCAAAUCGGCCACAUCCUGCUGGGCUCCGUUCUCCUGGCCUCGGCCCUCAUCGGCGGCCAAGAUGUGGAGUUUGCAUUGUUCGACCUGCAGGGUGAGACACUGAGCACCCUGCGCACUUCGAUGCUGGUGAUGUUCGUCAUCAGCUUUGUGAACGCCGUGGUGACCUACAUCGAGGAAAAGAACGAUGGCGGCAAAGACAAAGAUGCCUUGGGCUGGUUUUUCAAGGGCCUCCUGCUUGGUGGCGUCAGCUCCUGGCAACGGAUUGGCCGCAUCCAGAAGGUGAAGAAGAAAGAAAGAGAUGCAGAAAUCGAUCAGGUCAUCGAAGCCCUGGAGUCUCAGCCAGACGGCACGCCGCAGAUCUUCGAGCGCGUGGGGGAGCAGGGCAAGAUCCUGACUCCGGGCGAGUUGGAGGAGCAGAAGUUGCUGGAAGACAAGAGCAAGGCGCGACGCGAAGCGCUUAGCGAAGCGCGGCUCAGGCCGAAUCAGACCAUUGACGCUCUUUUCCGGGGCCCGGUCUCUCGACCCGCCGAAGUCCGACCCGCUGCCACCGGGAAAAUUCCGGGUCCCGCUUCGUGGAAGACAGCGCAACGCGCGGCCCGCACCUGGUGUCACAAGGGCAACAUGACUGACCGAUUCUAUCCCGUGGGAAUGGAGGCCGAUGCCGACAAUUGGAAGACCACCUAUGAGGUGAUGAAUGAGAUGAGAUCCUUUGCCCGCAGCCCUUACCCACCAGGCACAGCGAUCCACCAGCCGGGCUCCAGGGAUCACUUUGGCUUUAGCGCGCCUGGGCCCAUUGCCGCCAGGCUCGCCAACGCAGAUCUAGCCUUGACCGAAGACACUGACAUCCCCAAUCCCCGCGAGCAUAUGGCGAUCACACGUAUCCAGGAGCCUGACGACCGAAAGGUCUUCGAAAAACACGACGUGGACGAGAUGUUGAGGACCUACGACUCGCCGGUGGCCAAGGCUACGUUGUCGCCCAAGGCCACUUCGAUGGCGAAGACCUUCUCGCUGCCCACCAUUUCGCGUCGCAGCGAGGCGCCGCCCAAGCUCUCCGAGCGCAACCCCUUGAUCAACAAACUGGAAGACUCGCAUUUUUCGUACUUUGUGCCGAAGAACCUGCAGCGAGAGCAUAGGGACCGCUUGAACAUGUCCGGCCUCAGCAAAUUGAAGAAGGCGAACAUGAUCUCCUUCCCCUUUUCAGGCGAAGGCACUGGCUUCCGUAGCCAAGGUUCUUUGAAUAACUGGUUCCCCAGCGGCAGCUACAGCAACGUGCCUACAUCGUAUCGCAUUGACUACAGCCGCCCAGGAGGUUUCUUCCGUGCCAGCUCUCCUUUUUUGCAGGCCCGGCAGACGGGUGGCUUCGGCGUCUCCGGCAUGUCCGCUGCCGAGGAAGACUUGAAAUAGGUGGACGUUGUGAGAUGUCGUGAGGCUAGUGGUUUUUCUGGUUUGGGUCCGUCCAACUCGUCUCACCGGAGGGGUAAGUCUGUCCCUAAAUCCCAC